UAACGCUCCCAACAAAUAUUUUUCUCUCCAAAAUCAAACUUCAAGAUAUAAGAAAAAAAUUUAUAUAUUUAUAUUUUUGAUUUAUAAGGUUUUUAUGAUGUCUAGUAGUGCAUCUAAGAAAGAAAUGGAUCGGAUCAAAGGUCCAUGGAGCCCCGAUGAAGAUGAGUUGCUACAAAAAUUAGUUGAAAAACAUGGGCCUAGGAAUUGGUCACUUAUUAGCAAGUCGAUUCCCGGAAGAUCCGGGAAAUCAUGCCGGUUACGUUGGUGUAACCAGCUGUCUCCACAGGUGGAGCAUCGGGCGUUUACACCCGAUGAAGACGACACGAUUCUUCGGGCGCACGCCCGAUUUGGUAACAAAUGGGCGACAAUUGCCCGUUUGUUAUCGGGUAGGACGGAUAAUGCUAUUAAAAACCAUUGGAAUUCGACUUUGAAACGGAAAUGUUCGUCUAUGACAAACCAAGAGUUUAAUGAGUUUGCUAUUCAACAACCGUUAUUGAAACGGUCCGUUAGUGCCGGUUCAGCUGGACCGGUUUCUGUUUCGGGUUUCUUUCCGAGUCCUGGUAGUCCAUCCAGUUCUGAUAUUAGUGAUUCAAGUGUGCCGGUUUUCUCAUCUUCGCACGUGUACAGACCUGUUGCUCGCACAGUCGUAUCUCCGCCGAUCAAACCACCGCCGGCGAACGAUCCUCCGACGUUGUUGAGCCUCUCGCUUCCCGGAGCUGUUUCCACUGGUCUGAUGUCUCCUACAGAAGUUCCUCCGCCACCGCCGCCGUCUCCUGCAGCGGUGACGGUUCCGAUCCCGGCGAGACCAUUGCAGCAGCUGCCGGUGAAUGAAGAGAAUGUUAUUAAUGUAGAUAUGAAUGAAGACGGUGAAAUGAUGACGUCAAUACCGGCGGCGGUAUCGACGGCGAUGAAGCGGUUACAGGUGUCAAAACCGCCGGCGCCGGAAAAACCGUUUGUGCCGUUCAGUGAAGAGUUUAUGUCAGUGAUGCAGGAAAUGAUAAGGAAAGAAGUAAGGAAUUACAUGACCGGUUUAGAACAAAGGGGAACCGGGGGCAUAAUGUGUAAUGGUUUUAGAGGUGGACCGGUUUUGAACCGGACCGGGAUUAGUAAGGUUGAUUAGUACUCGUAUUAAAUUUUAAAAAAAAAAAAAAAAUCAAUGCCGAUAAACCGUUAAUGGAUGGCUGAGAUUUGUUUGAUCGAUGUUUAUAAAUAUUUGAUCCUCUCUGUUUAACUAAAAAAGAAAAAACGAAAUAAAAAGUGUACAGAGAAGGGAUGAUGGUGAUGAUGGGGGUUUAGUUUUGAAAGUUGAUACAAGAGGAUGUUGAUGAAUGAUAAGGGUUUAGUGAGAAAAGAAAAAAAAAACAUAAAAAAUGUUUUUUUGUUGUUGGAAA